CCAUAUCUAAAAUCUAAAAUAUCUUUUAUUUCCUCCAAACCCUUCAACCUCACUUUUCUUGGCUUCACAUUUGAUAUUUUUCUCUCACACAUUCUCCAAGUCUCCAAUAUUAUUAUUUACCAUAUCACACCCACUUCCCCACUCAUCAUCAUCACCAUCCCUAAUGGAAGACUCUCUACGCAAAGCCCUAUCCGAGCAACAAGCCGCCGUCGACGCCCAAGGCGGCGCCGUCAGGGAGCUCAAGGCCUCCGGCGCUCCCAAGGAUGCGAUCGACGCCGCCGUCCAAGAGCUCAACGCCUUGAAGCUUGAGAAGGCUUCAAUUGAGAAGCAGCUGCAAGCCGCCCUCACUAACGGCAACGAUAACGCGCUCAGUAGGGAUGCCUUCCGCCAGGCCCUGGUCAACACCCUUGAGAGGCGCCUCUUUUACAUACCCUCCUUCAAGAUCUAUCGUGGGGUCGCCGGCCUUUACGACUAUGGCCCUCCCGGUUGCGCCGUCAAGUCCAAUGUUCUCGCCUUCUGGCGUCAGCAUUUUGUUCUGGAGGAGAAUAUGUUGGAAGUUGAUUGCCCAUGUGUGACACCAGAAAUUGUAUUGAAGGCAUCGGGUCAUGUUGAUAAGUUCACUGAUCUUAUGGUGAAGGAUGAAAAAACGGGUACCUGUUACCGUGCUGAUCACUUGCUCAAGGAUUUCUGCAAAGAGAAGCUUGAGAAGGACCUUACUAUCAGUGGGGAGAAGGCAGCAGAAUUGAAACAUAUUCUGGCUGUUCUGGAUGAUCUUUCUGCUGAGGAAUUGGGUGGCAAGAUCAAGGAAUAUGGUAUAACUGCCCCAGAUACAAAAAACCCGCUUUCUGCUCCUUAUCCAUUCAAUUUGAUGUUCCAGACCUCAAUCGGCCCAUCUGGCUUGAGCCCAGGGUAUAUGCGGCCAGAGACAGCACAGGGCAUUUUUGUAAACUUCAAGGAUCUGUAUUACUAUAAUGGGAACAAGCUCCCUUUUGCUGCAGCUCAAAUUGGUCAGGCUUUUAGAAAUGAGAUAUCUCCACGCCAAGGUCUCUUAAGAGUUCGUGAAUUUACUCUGGCUGAGAUUGAGCACUUUGUGGAUCCUGAUGACAAGUCUCACCCAAAAUUUUCUGAAGUUGCAAAUUUGGAGUUCUUGAUGUUUCCAAGGGGGGAGCAGGUUUCUGGACAAUCAGCAAAGAGAACGGUCCUUGGUGAAGCAGUUUCAAAGGGCAUUGUCAACAAUGAAACACUUGGCUAUUUCAUAGGGAGGGUGUAUCUGUUCCUAACAGGCCUUGGUAUCGACAAGGAGCGCCUACGUUUCCGCCAGCAUCUUGCAAAUGAGAUGGCUCACUAUGCUGCAGACUGUUGGGAUGCUGAGAUUGAGUGCUCUUAUGGAUGGAUUGAGUGCGUUGGUAUUGCUGAUAGAUCUGCAUAUGAUUUGCGUGCACACACGGAUAAAAGCGGUGUUCCCCUUGUGGCACAUGAAAAAUUUGCAGAACCUAGAGAAGUGGAGAAACUUAUUAUAGCCCCAGUGAAAAAGGAGCUGGGGCUUGCAUUCAAGGGAAACCAAAAAAUGAUUGUGGAAGCGUUGGAGGCUAUGAGUGAAAAAGAAGCAAUGGAAAUGAAAGCCACAUUGGAAUCCACGGGAGAGGUAGGGUUCCAUGUCUGCACUCUUGGGAAAGAUGUCACUAUAACGAAGAAAAUGCUGUCGAUCUCCAAGGAGAAAAAGAAGGAACAUCAAAGGGUUUUCACACCUUCAGUUAUUGAACCAUCGUUUGGAAUCGGGCGAAUAAUCUACUGUCUUUAUGAGCAUUCCUUCUACACGAGGCCUAGUAAGGCUGGGGAUGAACAGUUGAAUGUAUUCCGCUUCCCUCCCCUUGUUGCACCUAUCAAAUGCACUGUAUUCCCGCUGGUGCAAAAUCAGCAAUACGAGGCAGUUGCCAAAAGCAUUGCUAAGUCUUUGACUGCUGCAGGGAUCUCAUACAAGAUUGAUAUAACAGGUACAUCAAUAGGGAAGAGGUAUGCAAGAACAGAUGAACUUGGGGUACCCCUUGCCAUCACAGUGGAUUCUACAUCCUCAGUGACAAUCAGGGAGAGAGAUAGCAAGGAUCAGAUUCGUGUUAGUGUGGAGGAGGUGGCAUCUGUAGUCAAGGAGGUGACUGAUGGUCAGAGCACAUGGGCUGAUGUACUAUGGAGAUACCCUACUCAUUCAUCUGCGUCUGUGGAUGAGUGAAGAGAAGGUUCUAGUCCUCAUGAGUACUUUGGGUAAAGUUGCAUUGUGAUAACAGAAUUUUUCUAUACAUUUAUGAUGUUACACUGUUAUCUCAGCCUUCGCAAGCAAGCGGGCAUGAGCAAAAAGUUGUGAUUUUCGUUGCGUUGAAAACCUUAUAUUACUCUCACGCCAUAGGUCAGCUAUCCUAUAAUUUUGAAAUUUCAAGUUGGGUCCUAAUCUUCUCUCCA